AUGUUUGCAUGGCUCUCCGGCAUUGAGCAGUGCGUCUGCUCCCACGCCCAAGAGCGAAGCAGUGUCUGGGACAACAAUCUAGAGAUCAACGAUAGCUAUCCGGCCGUGCCGGGGUUCAAGGAUUCUGUGGUCUUGCAGAAUGUGGAGUACCCUGAGACCUUGCCGCGGUUGCGGGCGAAGCUGCCGCCGGGCCCGAGGUUGCGGUCGGUGCCGACAUUCCGUGCUGCGGAGUUCGAAACAAUGCAGGGCGAACCGCUUCUGAUCGGGACCCUUAUGCACAUCAAGCUGGAGGAGUCUGUGCAGCAGAUGACGGUCACCCUUUAUGCCAACGGCUUCUCGAUGUCGCCGCUGGUCGGUGGAGGAAGUGAUGCGAGACGGGUGAACAGGGCCUGGUCGCCUUUCUCUCUUGUGGAGAAGUGCCAGGUGAAGACCCUGCAGCACUCGGCAUACUGGGCGGUUUUCAAGCUUACAGUCUUCCGUGCCGGAGGUCACGACCUCUGUCUGUACUUCGCCUGCACGGGAGGCAAUGCCUACAAGGAGCGUGACCGAUGGGUCGAGAAGAUUGGUGUUCUAGUGAGCCAGGUGACCCGAUCCCUCUUCCCGCCUGCAGAGAUCAAGGUCCAGCCCCUGCCUGGCAUCGAAUCGACCUCAACGCGGAUACUGGCGGGUUUCCUCCUCCAGGGCUGCAAUAUGGACACCUGCCAGCUCGUCUACGCGGAGCUCCAUGCGUACGUUGCAGGAGAGGCAAAGCUCACUCUCUAUCGCGACGAGUGGUGCGACAGGGAGUUGACGACGAUCGUUCUCUCCAAUGCAUCCACCGUCAGCACGCGGUCUGGUGUCCACUGCAAUGUUUUCGGCAUCGACCAUCACCGCUUCUGUGCCCGCGAUGCUGACGAGAAGGAGUUGUGGCUCCGGGCCGUCAGCAACGUGAAGGUGAAGCUGAUGUUUGAGGCACCGGAUCCCACGCCCGAG